AGAGUGGACACUGUGUGAUCAGGCAUGUAGAUUUCAUUGAUCAUUACCAGCCUCAAGGGAACACUCGACGCAUCAUGGAGGCAGGAAAGCAACUCACAGGUACGCUGGCUAUCGCAGUGUUCACAGCAGCUCUGGGUUCCCUGCAGUACGGAUACAGUCUGGGAGUCAUCAAUGCACCCCAGGAGGUCAUUGAGAAGCACUAUGCUCUGUCUUUGGGUGUGUCAUACGAGAAGUCAGCACUGCCAGAAAACAUCACAGAGGAAGAAAGUUCCCAAAACGAACAAAAGCAUCCUUCCGUGGUGAUGUACUGGUCACUGUCGGUGGCCAUCUUCUCCAUUGGCGGGAUGGUGUCUUCCUUCCUGGUGGGAUUUAUCGGAGACUUGAAAGGAAGGGUAAAGGGCAUGCUGAUGAUCAACAUUCUGGCUAUAGCGGCUGGACUGCUGAUGGGUCUGUCCAGGAUGUGGAAGCCCCACAUCAUGGUCAUCACGGGCCGCGCCAUAAUGGGCUUCUACUGUGGUUUAACAUCUGGACUGGUGCCGAUGUAUAUCGGAGAAAUUGCACCUAAAGCUUACAGAGGAGCUCUGGGAACAUUACAUCAGUUGGCCAUUGUAGUUGGCAUCCUCCUCAGCCAGGUAAUAGGUUUGGAAUUUGUCCUCGGUAACGAUGAAAUGUGGCACGUGCUGCUUGGUCUGUCUGGAGCUCCUGCGAUAUUACAGUCCAUUUUGUUGCCGCUUUGCCCCGAGAGUCCACGCUACCUUUACAUCUUGCUGGGCAAAGAGCAGGAAGCCCGGAAAAGUCUGCAUCGUCUGAAGGGAGCUUAUGAUCCUGCUCAUGAUCUGGAAGAAAUGAGGAGGGAGAAGGAAGAAGCAGACAAAGAGCCGAGGGUGUCGAUCCGUUCUUUGAUUGUCUCCUCUGUAUAUAGGGAGCAGCUGUUUGUUGCCCUCAUGAUGCACCUUUCACAGCAGCUGUCUGGCAUUAAUGCAAUCUUCUACUACUCUACAGCCAUCUUUGCCCAAGCUGGUGUCAGUCAGCCAGUCUAUGCCACGAUAGGAGUGGGGGUCAUCAACACGAUCUUUACUUUGGUGUCUGUUGCACUGGUCGACAGAGCCGGACGGCGCACUCUGACUCUGGCUGGUCUGGGAGGGAUGUGCUGCUGUGCUGUUGCCAUGACAGCCGGUCUCAAACUCCAGAAUGACUACGAGUGGAUGAGCAACGUCAGCAUGGCAGCCAUCUUCCUAUUUGUGAGCUUCUUUGAGAUUGGCCCUGGUCCUAUUCCUUGGUUCAUAGUGGCUGAACUGUUCAGCCAGGGUCCUCGGCCAGCCGCCAUCGCCCUUGCAGGCUGCUGCAACUGGACCAGUAACUUUAUCAUUGGCAUGACCUUCCCAUACAUACAGGCUUGGAUGGGCUGCUAUGUGUUCAUCCUGUUUGCCGUGUUGCUUCUCUGUUUCACCAUAUUUAUUUAUUUGCGGGUUCCUGAGACCAAGGGCAAAACAUUUGAGGAGAUUGCAGCCGUCUUCCAAAAGAAAAAAAGGAUCCCCAAAGACAAUGCUGAACUGGAGCAGCUCAAAUCGUCCAGCGAUGCUUAAGGCAGCAGCAGCUACAGUGACUGCAUGGCAGCAGUGCUACCAACUGCUCCACCAUUCGUCCCAAAGAGGUCAAAGAGGUCACAACCUCUUGACCUUAUUCACACGUUAUCGAGUUACAACAACACACUUUAAAGUGUUUUAUUAGUAAUGCAUAUGAUAGACUGGCUCAUAUCAGAGCAUGAUCGUGAAGGGAAAAGACGGAUAUGAUUGGUUUUUUGUUUUUGUUAUCAAAUUUUUGUGAGACCUACAUUUAUUUUCAGCCCCCUUGAUUAUCUCUUUGCUGAAUUGUUUGCAAUGCAAUAUUGUGGCCCUUUUUUUGUGAAAUGUCUCCAGAUCAGUCACAUUGGAUGACGAGCAACUUUAAAAAUCUUUUUUUCCAUUAUUAUCCAUUAUUAGGUAGCAUGAAGCUAACUAAAUUUCAGGCUAACUAUGAAGUUAGUUCAUGCUAUGCCUGUGUAAUAUGUUCUUUGUGAUGUUGGUUCUUCACUAUUCAUUUCUAGGAAACCUCCGAGGCCUUCUCAUGACAGUUUAAUUUAUAGAUAGUUAUUGAUUAACUGACUUUUAUUUAGGUUUUUUAAAGUAAACGGGGCUGAAUACAAAUACAAACAAAACUUUUUUACAUGUUCAUAGUAGCGCUGUGCGUCGUUUUAUUUCCACAUCACUGUAAGGCACUACUUUCUGUCACCCCAUCUCAUAAAAUCCCAGUUAUGUAAAACUUUGUGUUUGUAAUAUGAAAAAAUAUUUUCGAAGAAGUACAGUUUGUUAAGGACAUAGUACAUUUAUUUUUAAUAAAUCCCUUUCCCGCUCCCUCCACUUUUUUUUUUACACAACACCAUCAGUUAAAUUUCACAAUGUUUACAUGUAACCAAAUAAAAAAUUUUAUUACCGUAAUGAAAGUAAAAGUUUAGUAUUAUAAGUAUUUUACAAUGACAACAAACCAGAUACCCACCAUAUGUGGAAGAACCGUUGUAAAGCUUGUUAAAGCUAAAUAUCUGUAAACUUAAAAUGGAAACAAUGCAUAGCAACAGUAACAUAUGCAUUAAUCAAUACAUUUGAGUCUUAAAGAAAAAACUACAAAACUGUUGUUGAAGGAGUGAGGACAUUGAACAAAAACUGUGCAAGCUCCAAUUACAGCAUUGUUAGCUUGUGUUGUGUGAUCAGCAAUAAAGCUUGUCUAAAUGAGGGAUAAUAUAAAAAGCAUAAAAACUGGAAGACAAAGCCGACAAGUAAAUGAAUUACAGUGCUCUGUCUAAAAUCUCCUGCAAAAUUUGACACGAUUCUUCCCUGUGUUGAAAAUUUUGAUAAAACUUCCAUUUAGUCACUGGAGUCAAAUGCAGUUUACUUGGACAGCUUCAAUUUGACAUUUAAAAAAAUGCAUUUAUUUCCCCUAAAUUGGUGCUUGAGGGUUGUGGUUUUCCAAGGGCAGAUUUAGUUUGAAUUGAGUUGAAAUGUAAAUUUUUUGAGUAACAUUCCAGAGGUUCUUCUGUCUUUGGGAGCAAAGUUCAGAAGCGUCUCUCAAUAUUUUAAAGAGACCUACUACCUUCCUACUUGCUAGAAAAGGAUAAACCUGACAGAAGAUUGCAGCUCAAUCUAACAAGGAAGAUAAUGCACAUUUCUGUUUAACGAAAAAAAAUAAUGUGAAAAUGUAAGCUUUCAAUAUUUCAUUUUCUGUAUGAAAAAACAAUAAAAACAUUUCUAUGGUACUUCA